AUGGAAGGUGGUUCUGUGGCAGUGGGGGCUGGCGAUCUGAUGGGCGGUGCCACUGGAGCUGAAGGAGAUGUACAGUGGCGUAAUGGUGGCAAGUUAGAGGAGGUGGCAGUGCUGGGUUGUGGCCACAGGAUAAUGGCAGCUGAGGUUUCAUACUGUCUAGGUUUUAUAAUUGUUUGCAAAAGGGCUAUAGUACUUGAUGAGAUGAAGUCAACAGUGUUUUCGGCAGUUGUUGUUUCUAUUGGGUAUGCAUUGCUUGGAUGGGAUUUUGCAGCAUUAUUAGAAGCUAAUCAUCAUAUGGAAAAAGAAUUUGAAUUGUUGAAUGGACCUUCUAUUGAAGAGUCACCUAGGUGGCUUGCAAGUGAUGGAAAGAUUAGUGAGGCCAGAGUUUCUCUGCAGUGGCUUAGAGGGAAGAAACAUGAUGUUUCAGAACAUGAACAUAUGAAUGAGCACAGGGAUGGUAACAGUGAUCAACAGACUAGGGUGGCUUAUUCUGCUGGAGAAGUGAACAAUGGAGAUGGUUUGCGGGCUUCUCUGCUUUCUCAGGCAGCAAAUGUUGAAUCUACAGGAAUCAGUGGUCUUCUCCGCUGUGCUCCUGAAAUACUUGAACAGGUUGGAGUCAGCUUGUUUUCAGACAUUGGACAUUCUCCACAUUCAACAUCAAUUCUCAUAAGUACCCUUCAUGCUUUGCUGAUACUCCCUUGUAUAACUGCCGCAAUGCUGCUGAUGGAUGUCUGCGGAAGAAGGGUUCUUGUGUUGGCCACUACUCCUAUCCUGAUAUUAUCAUUGAGCGUUAUGUCUAUGUCCACCCUGGUGAAUAUGGGAUCAUUCGAGCGUACCAUCCUCUUCCACUUUGCAUUAACCAUUUGCUUCUGCUCCUAUGUCGUUGGUUUGGGACCAAUACCUAACCUUCUCUGCUCUGAGAUAUUCCCAACCAAGGCCCGUGCGACCUGUGUAAGUUUCUGUUCGCUUUCCUUCUGGUUUGGGGGCCUGCUUUCAGCGUACUGCUUCCCGGUGAUGAUGAGCACCAUCGGGCUUGGCGGAGCAUGCGGGAUCUAUGCACUUGUGUGCUGCGCUCCACUUUUUCUGUUCUACUAUCGAAUACCAGAGACGAAGAUGCUUAACCUGGAGCUCAUUGCAGAGCUAUUCAAGCUUUCAAGGCAGGAGUAUGUACACUAG